UAUAAGCAGAAUACAGCCUUUUUCAGCUCUGCAAAAUGUGUUGUAGGUCAAGAGAUAACCUUUUAAAGACUUUAAAAAAACCCAACACUGGAAUGGGAGGAUCUGAUGGGGAUUGCUUAAAACAGAAGGAAGUUACUAACAUUAUUGCUGUUGACAGUGUAACAACAUGCUUACACAGCAACAAAACCCCUCAGCCUUUCUCAGUACAUGUCAUUUGUUUCAGUUUGCCUAUAGCAUGUCAUAUAUGCCUGACAUUGUUAAUAUUGCCAUGAAUAAUCAACACAGGGUAGUGAUCAAAGACCAGAUAAACCUCAUCAACCUUUGUGUCCAGAUCUUUUUUUGUGCAUUCAAUCUCUCUAGUUAAUCAAGUCAUUAAACUGCUGUUUUUGUAUGCCUCUGAAUAACCAUUAACAGCUGUGCUUUCCACUUCUUGGUCAAAUGUGUGUAUAUACAUUUAUAAGCCUUCUAGCCCCAUGGGCACACACACUGUUCUCUUUCUCAGCCAUUUAGGAUUUUUCUUUUCUUUAGUGUUUGGGUGGCUCAAGGAUUCUUCAGCUGAAUGGGGACAGGACUUGAAUGCAGAAUAGUUUGCCGUAAGCAACAACUAGUUUUCUUCUUUGGAAGUAGCACGUUCCUCUGGAUCCGAAAGUCUAGUCCUCAGUUCAGCCAAACUGUGUCUCCGAACAUGCCUAAGUUCAUGUUGUUGAUGAAGCCUACAUGUUCUCAGAACUCAGCUGUCUAUUCCAGCUGCUCACACUUCACGAUAAAUCCUUUUGUCUGGGGUAUACAACAUACAUUCCCAGCAAGUCAGGACCAAGACCUAGGUAUGGCUGUUCUCCAUAAGAAGAAGCAGAGGAAGUGCAGUGUUGAUAACAAUAGGUUUUCCACCCAUUCAGUUUCCUUUUUCUGUAACAGCUGUGGGGAAAAGAAACAAACCCCAGAUCCUUCCUAGGCUCUGCUUACCAAUUCCCAUACUCUUCAAUGGCUGCAGUAGCUCUGUCCCUGUGUCUCUGGAAACUUUUGACAGCUGACUCAAUAGGAAGAACAGGGAUUUUUAAGUUUCUUCAGAACCUUGCAAUACACUUUUAUUAGUUUGCUUUAAUAAAACAUCAAUUAAUUACUUUGCAUACUUUCGUCAUUCUGAUUCUUUAAUAAAAAAUUCUUACAGUUGUACAAACUGCUUUUACUUGAGAAGAAAAGGUGGUGAUAAGUAGAUUUCUGCUUGUCAGACUGAGUGGUAAAACAUGCUUGACUUUCCAAAGCCCAUAUCCAAAUUAGCAAUGCAGUCAGAAACUAUUAUUUUAUUGCAAAGUCUUUGGAUGUUACAAUGGAUUUUCAUGACAGUUGUCAAAGCAGGACUGGAAUUCACUGUUGCUGCACCAAAGCAGUGUUUGAUCAUACAGUAUGAACAUGGCAGCACUUUUUCCUACAGUAUGGAAAGCUUAAGUCCCUUUCAGUAUUUCUCUAAGUUAAGCUGUGGCCCAAUAUCCAAGAACUUGCCACCACUAUUUCAUGGUGAACUAGAAAAGGUUGGGCCCAGAUGCUUUAUGUUAGAGCAGGAUCUCUUCUGGUAACAUCUGUCUGAAUAAGCAGAAGCAAACGAAACAGGCCACCACAUCUCAUUCCCUCCCACACACACUUUUUUUUUUUUGUAUGUGUGUGUGUGUUAUGGUCCCCAAUUCAAUUAUAUUUUUAAAUUUGGAUAUAGCAAGAAAAGAUGGAUAAGUUAAGAAGUGAAGAGUCUCACUGAGCAAAGUCUGUCUUCUCUCAACAGUUGUGGAGCUGAGGCAUACAAUAAGGAUAAGGAAAGUACUUCUGUGUCCUGUGGUGCAUGCAUGCAUCUCAAAUAGCAGAUGCUCAGCUCCAGGAUCUUUCUGUUAAUCAGCUGCUUUCCGAGUACUGUGCUAAGGAAAAGAUGCAGAUACUGUGCGUCUUUUUCUGAAGCUGAAGGGGGAAGCAUCUGAGUUAGCAAGCACGUGAGGGCCUCCGUGCAACAAUCCAUACGGCUGAAAAGGGAACGGGCUGAAUUUCUCUUGGGAGUUAGAGAACACAUCCACUCCUCUCUGAUCCUCACUAACACCAUCUAACAGCAGUGAGAAGUGCCGAUGCACACUUCAGUCUCACUUAAAGUAUUUAGGCAUAUUGCUGUUUAACCAGUGCAAUACGUAGAAGCCCCGGUGUCCCCUCUUCCUCCUGUCCUAUACAGGACGUGUCUCCUGUUCGAGCAGCGGUGCUCGGGAGCGGAACACGCUGCCUGCCCAGCAGUGACCGAGUCCCCACACAUCUCCGCCAGCUGCUCCUCUCUUGGACGGGCCCUUCCUACCUGACCCCACACGCCCUGCCCGAGGGAGAGCGCAGGGGCAGGGUGACACCGAGGGCGCCCCAGGGAGGCACCUACCGUGAGGCGGGCGAUGCCGGCGGCCGCGCCGCGGAGGGGCCGGCCCUGCCGGCCGGCUGAGGUGCCCCACGCCGCCCCGGGCCGCGCCCCCGCCGCGGCGCUCCUGCAGGAUUUCGUCGCCUGCGGGCCAGGCUGUGGCCGCCGUGGCCCGCUUGGCGGGAGGAGGCCGCCCGCCUGCAGCCCGCUCCUCCGCGCCCAGCCCGGUGCCGGCCUCGGGGCCCCCGCCCGCGCCCCGCAGGCCUCGGCGCCCGGCGCGGGGGCGGUCCGGCGGCGGUGCGGGGAUGCCGCCGGCGGCGCUGUAGCGCGGAGCCGUCCGCGGGCAGCGGCAGCGGGAGACGGGCGGCAGCUCCUCCUUCUCCCUCUCCCUGCGCGCCGGGGUGGGCUCGGCCGCGGCAGCCGGGGUGCGCUGCGCUGCGCUGCCCUGCCGCCCCGCGGGUGCGAUGGACUGGCAGGUGCUGACCAGGGAGCUCUCCCUCUACCUGGAGAACCAGGUCCGCGUGGGGCUCUUCGGCUCCGGCGUGGGCUUGUCCCUGGUUCUGGGCUUCGGCGUCGCCUACGCCUGCUACUACCUCAGCAGCAUCGCCAAGAAACCCCAGUUGGUGGCCAGCAACGACCGUUUCUGCCGCUUUCUCGAGGAGUAUUGCCCUGUUGUGACAGAAACUUACUAUCCCACUAUUUGGUGCUGGGAAGGUCGAGUGCAGACGCUCCUGCGUCCCUUUAUCACCUCUAGACCUCAAGUACAGUACAGGAAUGAGCUCAUUAAAACAGCAGAUGGAGGACAGAUUUCGUUGGAUUGGUUUGAUAAUAAUGACAGCUUAUAUUAUCCGGAUGCCAGCACAAGACCCACUGUCCUGUUACUGCCUGGCCUGACAGGAACAAGCAAGGAAUCCUACAUUCUUCAUAUGAUCCAUCAAAGUGAAACGCUGGGAUAUAGAUGUGUGGUUUUUAACAAUCGGGGAAUUGCUGGUGAGGAUCUUUUGACACCAAGGACUUACUGUGCAGCUAACACAGAGGAUUUAGAGGCUGUUAUUUAUCAUGUACACAGCUUGUACCCCUCAGCUCCGUUCAUGGCAGCCGGUGUUUCUAUGGGAGGCAUGCUUCUUUUAAAUUACCUGGGCAAAACUGGCAGAGACACUCCUUUAAUGGCAGCUGCAAUUUUCUCUGCGGGUUGGAAUGUUUUUGAAUCUGUAGAAUCUCUGGAGAAGCCACUAAACUGGCUUCUUUUCAACUAUUACUUGACUACUUGUCUACAAUCCUCUAUCAGCAGGCAUCGACAAAUGUUGGAAAAAUUAUUUGAUAUGGAUCUGGUGAUGAAGGCUAGAACUGUUAGAGAAUUUGAUAAGCAGUUCACUUCAGUCAUGUUUGGCUACCGUACAAUUGAUGAUUACUAUGAAGAUGCUAGCCCGUGUCGCAAGCUGAAGUCAGUAGGCAUUCCAGUGUUAUGCCUAAAUUCUGUGGACGAUGUUUUCUCACCAGGUCAUGCUAUACCAGUAGAAACUGCCAAACAAAAUGCAAACGUUGCUUUGGUUCUGACUUCGUGUGGAGGCCAUAUUGGUUUUCUGGAAGGAAUAUGGCCAAGGAAGUGCACUUACAUGGACAGAGUCUUCAAGCAGUUUGUGCAAGCUAUGUUUGAGCAUGGAAAUAAAAUCUAUAGCAUGUAGCUUUGGACCACUGUUACAGCACAGUGGCACGUUCUGACAAGGGCAGUUAAGCUUCAUGCACAAAUUUUAACUCCUAUAAGCCAGCAAAUGGAUGAAGUCCAUUACUACAUGCAAAAAUAUUUUUGCCUAAGAUUUUGUAGCAAGACACUAAAUAUUAUGUUGUCACUUUUAUAUUUAUUUUUAAUAUGCCUUACUAAGAAUGACCUUAAAUGAAACAACAUUCUGCAUACAUCAAAUUGCACUUAACCAAAACCAUCAAGUAGGCAGAUUAUAAUUCCUCAGGAUUUUAAUUUAAACCAGUACACAUUUAAGAAACUUAAUCUAGAUGGCUUUUAAUAUUAGAAUGGCAACACUCAAAAUAGCAUAUAUUAUCCUGUCACACACAAUACAAGUUGGCCCAUUCCUUAGGGCACUGAUGGUGAAAAAGAAAACAAAAGAAGGAGGGAACACAAACACUGUUUCUUCAAGUACGUCCAAAUUUCAGCAUGUUAUUCUAUAGCAUUAGAUUGAUACCUGCUUUUGCUGUUCUACCCUGAGAGUAUUCAGAUUUAGGGCUAGUUAUUGUUUUUUAAACUAUGUCAAUGCCAUAAUUGUCUUACAUUAUUAUUUUUUAAAGAGCUAAUUUAUAGUGUUUACAUGUAACCAAAAUAUUCCUUUAAAACAGUACUGUAAUAAUUUAUGUAAUUAAAAGACAUCUUGCAUUUCAAAGUUCAUGUAAAGCUGAGUGUUGUCACGUAUGUAAUACAUAUUUCAUAUAACUGGUAAAUUCCAUGAUUUUGUCUGUUAUGUUUAUACUACCCUGCAAGACCAUUUCAGUUCUAAAGAAUAAAUAUUAGAACAUCAGCAAUUAUGAUAUAAUCUGCUUUAAAUUAAAAAAAAAUCCAAACCCUUUGUCUCUGCUAUUGUUUCAGAUAAUUUCUAAAAAGAAUAUAACAAACUGUUUAAAGAAAGCUGGGAUCUGGGAUGGGGGUCAAAGUCCCAUCCCUCUGAUUUAUUUGAUCAUUUGUCAGCACUUCAGUAAUAAGUGGUCAAAUCAUUAAAGCCUUUGCAAAGUGAUUUCUGCCGUAGUGGCUUAGAGUUUGUGAGGCUGACUGAGGCGUCACUGUUCUCCUCAGCCCUGAAACAGAGCGAGAGCCAAUGUAGACCUUUGAGGAAAAAAAGGCAGUUGGACAGAAUGUAUUCUGAAACUGCUGGGAAGUCCUAAUUUAGGGCAUAGUGAAAUUAAAAAAAGAAGGCUUUUAAGCAGCUUCUGGGGAGCUCCCACCUCGUGCUGAUCACAGAUUUGAGCCCAGCCACACAAGAUAAGCCAGUAAAGAUGCCUUUGUAUUUUUAUUUUUAUCUUUAUCUUUUGAGUGGGGUCAGUACAAGAAGAAAACACGGAUAAAAAAGCAAGUCAGGUCUUUUGUCUCAAGCAGUACGUGAACAGUCCUCUUGCAAGGCAUGUUUCCUAGUAACAGCAAAGGAAGAACAAAAAUACUUUCUGUCUUUAGAAAAAGAAAUUGGGACAUGCUAUACGAAAGCUAGUUUUGAAAGGUGGAAGGUUAAAUUAGAAAAUUAAAAAGUGCUUUCAGGUUCUGACUUUUCAGACAAGGAUUGGCCUGUGCCCAAAUAACAAAGUCCAACUUAUUUUUUUCUCUAGUAAGGAAUAUGAGAGAAGUGUCUCGUAAAAGCAAAAUGACAUUUUGUGCAUGUUACUACAAUACAUGAAAUCAGUGUAUUAGUAGGGUGCCUUAUUUAUUCUUACAUUCAUUUUCAGGUUUUAUGUUUAUAUAAAAACAAUGAGCAAUAAGCAGUGUAUUCAGCAUUAUAUUUGUAAAAUUGUUUGGGUACAGUACUGUUCAAAACUCAGCAUCAAGUAUUAAUAAAAAUAAAACCACUUACAUUAAAAGCACACCUUACUAUUUCAAUAAAAGUAACAUGAUUAAUGGCAGA